AUGAAUCGUAUUGAAUGUAGUAUGAAUAGUAUUCCUUAUACUGAACUUCAAAGAGCAAAAGUUGGAAUACCUCUUUAUUUUGUUUAUACUCCAUUAUGUAAUGAAGUCAAUAGAUAUGAUAUUCCAACCAUAUCACGAUGUAGAGGAUGUAAAGGAUAUAUGAAUAAAUAUAACAAUUGGAUUGUUGCAGGAAGGACGUGGAAAUGUUGUUUAUGUGGACAUAUCAAUACGGAGUUAACUGAACGAUAUCUUCAAUUAACACAAGAAAGAAUUCAAGAAUAUCCAGAGUUAAUAGUUGAUGCAUUAGAAAUAAAAACUGAUAGUAAUUAUACUAGAAGACCAAUGCAAGGGAAUUGUAUUUUAUUUGCUAUUGAUCAAUUAUAUUUUGAAUCAGUUAAAGACAUCUUAAUAAAUAUUAUUCAAAAGAUACCUAAUAAUACUCGAAUUGGAGUAAUGAUUUAUAGUGAUAAAAUAACAUUAUUUAAAUACCAUAAUAGUCAUUAUAGUAUUGAUGUUUUUAGUGAAGAUGCAAUAGAACUUAUUAAUGAUAUUAAUUUAUAUUUACCAUCUAUUGAAACAAUCAAAUCUGAAAUUAUAGAUAAUAUAAGAAAAUAUAAUGAUGAACAAAAUUAUGUUGGAUGUUGUUUUGGGAAUGCAAUGAAAACAAUCAAUUUUCUACUCAAAAACUAUGGAGGAAAAGUCAUUUGUUUAAAUGGAAGUCAUCCAACAAAAGGAGAAGGAAAAUUAAAUCCAUUAACAAAUGAUUUUAAAACAUUUAAAUCUAGUCAUGAUCCUUUUUAUGAUGAAUUAGCUAUAGAAAUGAAUAAUAAUAUGAUUACUAUUGACAUGUUCUUUAACUUAAGGAAUGCAUUUGAUACAGCAACACUCUCAGAUUUUGCAAGAAGAACUGGAGGAAGAGUUUAUGUUUGUAAUUCAAAUGAAGAAUUAUUUCAAACAAUGAUAAAUGACAUUUUACAAAGUUAUCGUCAUGAGGCAGUAUUUAGAAUUCGAUCAACACAUAACUUAGCAACAAAAAAACGAUAUGGGAAUUAUAAUCUAAGAAAUAAUGACUUAAUUGCAGUUCCAUGUAUUGACCCAACGUCAUGUUUUGUUAUUGAUUAUGAAAUAUUACCAAUAUCUAAUAUAACAAAUACAUAUAUUCAAACAGUAUUUCUUUAUACAAAUCAAAAUAAAGAAAGAAUGCUACGAAUAGAAACAAUGAAAAUACCACAAAAUAGUCAACCAGAAAUUAAUGCAAGGGGACUUACUAUUGCUUGUAAUAUUAUUUCAUCAACAAUUGGAAUUAAAGAAGGACUUAAAGAAGCAAAGGAAUAUCUUAUAAAUAUAGCAAAGAAAAUUCCUAAAUAUUGUUCUCAAAGAAAUGAGGCGAUUUAUUAUUUAUAUUGUCUAACAAAAACACCACAAAUGAAUAAAAAAGGAUAUGUUUGUGCUGGGAUUUUAAGAACAAUAAUUGGAAAAGGAGAAUUUCCAAUACCAGUGAUGUAUGUUAUUGAUGGAAAUGGGAAUUAUCGUUCAGUUACAUUAUCAGGUCAAGAAGUAAAGAAUUGUCUUGUACUUCUUAUUAUUGGAGAACAAAUGAUUAUUGGAGUUGAUAGGUUAUUAGAAAAGAAAAUGAUUAAAUCAUGUUUUGGAGUUUCUACAAUAACUGAAAUUGCAAAUAAUAGUUUAAUUUCAGAAGAAGAUAAUGUAAUUGCAAUAACUAUGAGAAAAUUAAUAUCUUCUAUUGGAAAAAAGAUAAUUACAAUUGACUGUAGUGAUAGAUGGAAAGAAUGGUUAAUAGUAGAAGAUAAUUAUCAUGAUGGAUGGACAUAUCAAAAAUUUUUAAAUAUACUUUAA